AUGGAUCCAUAUGGCAUAACACCAUUCGAGGCGCCAUGUUAUCAUCCCAUCUGCUCUACAAUUCACUCAAAUCAAUUCCCUCCUCAAUUCCCUCCCCAUCACCCUCAGCAUGAGCAUUCUAGGACCAGGGCAGGAGAUGCUUCAGCCGAAGCACUUCUUGGACUCACAAGCACCAUCAUCACCAAUGGGUCUUGCUACAUAAGUCACGCCUCCUUAGCCAUCCACAUUCCAAAUAGUCCACAUCACAGUGUUGAAGAGGAAUUGGCUCAGCAGCCAUUGCACGGGUCACAGAUGCAUUGGCGGCACAAGAACAAGCCGCGCUCUUGGUCAGCUCAUGGAUGUAGUAGCAGCAUGGCACCAUGGAAGCAGGUGCAGGCAGUGUUGCCUGCCACCCCUGUGGCACAUGGAACCCCUGGUAGACAGCCGCUGUCAUGGUACCAUUUAUUCACUCAUGAAUUGCCGAAGCUCGAAUUCGGCGCUUUCUUUUCUUGGUUCUUGUUCUUGCUUCCUCUCGACAAGCACCUGCUCUGCUCCUACUCCUUCCCCCCCCCCCCCACCCACCUUCCAGUUUCUCGCCCAUUCUUCAACCACCCAGCCGUCGCUCUGGCUCCCAUCCAGCAAUAUCCUCUCCCUCACUACCUCCCCUCACCUCUCCAACCCACCUCACAAUCACUCCGUCCCAUCCACCCCGCCAUCUCCUCUCCCUUACCUCCCCGCCGUCGCCUCUCCCUCCUCCCCGCCGUCGCCUCUCCCUCCUCCCCGCCGUCGCCUCUCCCUCCUCCCCGCCGUCGCCUCUCCCUCCUCCCCGCCGUCGCCUCUCCCUCCUCCCCGUCGUCGCGUCUCCCUCCUCCCCGCCGUCGCGUCUCCCUCCUCACCGCCGUCGCCUCUCCCUCCUCCCCGAUGUCGCCUCUCCCUCCUCCCGCCGUCGCCUCUCCCUCCUCCCCGCCGUCGCCUCUCCCUCCUCCCCGCCGUCGCCUCUCCCUCCUCCCCGCCGUCGCCUCUCCCUCCUCCCCGCCGUCGCCUCUCCCUCCUCCCCGCCGUCGCCUCUCCCUCCUCCCCGCCGUCGCCUCUCCUCAUCCCCGCCGUCGCCUCUCCUGCCUCCCCGCCGUCUCCUCUCCCUCCUCCUCGCAAUCGCCUCUCCCUCCUCCCCGCCGUCGCCUCCGGCGACAGGUGCACGAGCGCAAGCGCGAGUUGGUGCGCGAGGGCGGGUCGGUGCGCGAGCUCGGGUGGGUGCGCGAGUGUGGUUUGGUGAGCGAGCGCGGGUUGGUGCGCCAGCGCGGGCUGAUUUUUGGGGCAUUGUAA